GUCACAUCCCAUUUCCGUAUCGUCAACGCCUUGAAGUGUUGGUUGUCAAGUCCUAGCCUUGUUGCAAGCGCGGGAACUGAGAGCUGGAAUAACUUUCCAUGCCUCCGAAGUUUAGUCCCGACGAUCCAGCGAUAGCAGCUCUUAUAAGCUCUUUCAAGGCCAUCGGGUUAACUGACUCGAAGGCGAUCGAGGCAGCGCGGAGCCCAAAGAACGCUGCUGCUCUCAAGUCACUUGUUGAUCGGGCGGAUCUUACUAAUGAGGAGAAUUUAGAUGAGAAAAAGGCAACAUUGAUUGCCUCGCUCUCAAAUGCUGCUACUAAAUUGGACGAUCCCGCUCGGUUGUAUGUCGUACGAGCAGUUAUCGACGGGAAGAUCAAGUCAGGGGAACAAGUAUUAGCUGCAGUGAAGUUUCUUGAGACGCGGGGUGGUUCAAUUGAUAGCAAUGCUUUUGACGCUGCGUGUGGAGUCGGUGUUGAAUUAACUCCCGAUGACAUUUACUCGAUCCUUAAAUCCCUCGUGACGAGCCAAAGAAUCGAGGGCUGGGGAUCUCUCCAGUCCGUCUUGAGCGCUGCUAAGAAUGCCACUAAGCUCAGAUGGGCACCGCCUUUAGAGGUAAAGAAUGCGGGUGAUCGCGUCUUUACAGAGUUGUUUGGACCCAAAGAAGUUAUUGACAAAUCCAAGCCCAAAGAAUCCAAGAAAGCUGCGUCGUCUUCAUCCAAAAUUGAGAUGCAAGUCGAGAGUGUCCCUGAUGCUCCCGAAAGAACCAUGUUCGAAGAAGGUUUCCUCGGAAAAUUGCAUAAGCCAGGGGACAAUCCUCAGAUAAAGCCCGAACUCCGCGAAGCACACUUAGCCGCUACGGGUGGAAAAGUCUUUACUCGAUUCCCUCCCGAGCCCAACGGCUACCUCCAUAUUGGCCAUUCAAAAGCCAUUUACAUUGACUUCGGGUACGCUGCUCAUCACAAGGGCCACUGCUAUCUCCGCUAUGAUGACACGAACCCUGAGGCUGAAGAAGGGCGUUACUUUGAGAGCAUCUUGCAAUCUGUCCGGUGGCUUGGUUUUGAGCCAUGGAAGAUCACGUACUCGAGUGAUUACUUCGAUCAACUACAUGCCUUCGCUGUUGAACUCAUAAAGAGGAAUAAAGCAUACGUAUGCCACUGCACUGGCGAGGAAAUAAAUGCGAACCGUGGUGGUGAUAAUCACGGAGCUCGAAAAGCAUGUGCACACCGUUCGCGUCCAAUAUCGGAGUCGUUGAAGGGAUUCGAUGGCAUGAGGGAUGGGAAAUAUAAGUCUGGAGAGGCAAUUCUACGAAUGAAACAGGACCUGGAGAAUGGUAAUCCUCAGAUGUGGGACUUGAUUGCUUAUCGCGUUUUAAAUGCAUCACAUCAUCGAACUGGGACAAAAUGGCGGAUAUAUCCCACAUAUGACUUUACACAUUGUCUUGUGGAUAGUAUGGAGAGUAUCUCCCAUUCGCUGUGUACUACGGAGUUCGUCCAGGCGCGAGAGUCGUAUGAGUGGCUGUGUGACGCUCUAGAAGUGUACAAACCAAGGCAAUCCGAGUUUGGGCGCUUGAACCUCCAAGGCACCAUUACCUCGAAACGGAAAAUCCAACGUCUAGUUCGCGAUGGGCAUGUCUUGGACUGGGAUGAUCCUCGCCUUUACACGCUAGUCGCUCUUCGACGACGAGGUGUCCCUCCGGCCGCCAUCCUUUCGUUCGUCGCUCACCUUGGUGUGUCAACAGCUCUCACUAGCAUCCAAACCGUACGACUUGACCAGACCAUAAGAUCAUAUCUGGAGAACACCGCCCCUCGGUUACUGAUGGUCUUGAAGCCGUUAAAAGUCAUUCUCGUAAAUGUCCCAGAAGACUAUGUUCAGAUGGUGGAUAAGCAGCUACAUCCCAAGGUCCCGGAGUUGGGGAAAACCACCAUCCCCUUCUCUCGCGAGCUCUUCAUCGACAUAGACGAUUUCAGGCUUCAGGAUUCAAAAGAUUACUUCCGCCUUGCGCCCGGGAAGACAGUUGGUCUUUUCCAAGCCCCUCAUCCCAUCACUUGCACAUCGUACAAGGUGGAUCCCACAACGAACGAGGUCGUGGAGCUAAUUUGCAGUUUGGAGGAUGGAUCUGCGGGUCCCAUUCCACCUAAACCUAAAGCGUUUAUCCAAUGGGUUGCGAACCAUCCCCCUUCUGGCAGUCCUGUCGUUGUCGAUGAAACCCGGAUUUUCAACCAGCUUUUCAAGAGCGAUAAUCCGGCUGCUUCGGAUGAUUUUAUCAAGGAUAUCAAUCCCAAUAGUCUCGAAGUAGUGAAAGGCGCACUGGUUGAAAUUGGAUUGUGGCCGUUGGCGAAGAAACUUUUCACCGAGGCUAGGCAGGAGGCCGAACUUCGGACCAAUAAAGCGUUGAAGGAAGGGGAAGUUGUGUCUCAAUCGGGCUCUACAAACGACCCACACGGAGACACGCCCGUGCCAACGAUAGACCAACUUGUCGGCAACGAAUGCGUUCGUUUCCAAGGUUUACGCGUGGCAUACUUUGCCUUGGACAAGGAGUCCAUUGUAGGCUGCCUCGAUGAGAAGGAUGAUGCAAGUGCUGGGGCACGUACAGGGGAUCGAAUCAUCCUUAAUCGUAUAGUAAGCUUGAAGGAGGAUGCCGGUAAGAAAGCGGUAUAAAUUUGUCCAAGCAGGUGUAUGAUUAGGUAUACAUACAUGUAACAACACGACUGCUGUUGUAGCAUAAUAGUUUCAGAUUAAACGGGCAACAGCGUCUGCCUCCUUUCGGCGUCUCGCGCCUGAUUCUCGUUCGGCAGCAUUUCGACCUUCUAGGCCAUACCUGGAUAGCUUUUCAAGUAAGCUCUUCAGAUUCUUUGGAUUUAUGACCGAAUAUUGUGAUCUUCGGGUUGCUGGUUGUAGAUACGUUGAAACUUGAUUGUUCAUGGCGAUGUUGCAAGCCUAACACAAUCUUUAAGCACCCGAUAGAUAAUUGAUAACCCUGUAGACUACAGUACCAUGCGCAACUCUUGGAACGAGGUGAAUGACCUCCCAAGAUUCUUGAACUCGGUAUCCAGAAAGUCAAUGUCCACCAUGAGAUUCG